UCCUAGAGUUGUUUUCUUCUUCUUUUUUUCCCUUCUUUUUAAAACAAAAUCAAAUCUUGAUCUCCCCCAUUGAAAGAGCUCCUUCUGUGUAUCUAAACCAACAGAGAAACCAACCCAUCAUUUCAAGAUUCUCAUUUUCAUCUUCAAAAUGAGAAAGAGGUAGCCAAUGUCACUGCAACUCCAUUAACACGGAUAAUAUAAACAACUACUUCCCUUUCCCACCGACAAAAAAAGAUUUAGUCUCUCUGGAGUCGCCACCCCUAAACCCUGAAAACACAGAGGACAAAGGUUUUCCAGAUUCUGGGUUUCUUCCCAAAUAACCUCACCAAUGUCAAAGCAAAUGUCUCAUCUCGACAAUAUUCCAUCAACACCGGGGAAAUUCAAGAUGGACAAGUCACCGUACAUUCACAAUAGGUUGAGGUGGCAUUCCUCUCUUGCAAAGCUUACCUUUUGGUCUUUUAUGUUCUUGGGCCUCAUCUUGAUUUUCUUCUUUCGAUCUCCUUCCUCCAAUCCCCUUCCUCAAGAUCCUUCUCGCCGCUCUCUUCGUACCUACAACUGGGGUGGACCCGCUUGGGAGAAACGGGUGCGUUCAUCUUCCCGUAUCCGUUCCCGUAACGGCAUCUCCGUUUUGGUUACUGGAGCUGCCGGUUUUGUCGGCACCCACGUGUCGGCUGCUUUGAAAAGGCGUGGAGAUGGUGUUCUUGGACUUGAUAAUUUCAAUGACUAUUACGACCCUUCAUUGAAAAGAGCUAGGCAAGCGCUUCUGGAACGAAGUGGGGUUUUCAUUGUUGAAGGAGAUAUCAAUGAUUCGGCUCUUUUAAGGAAACUUUUCGAGGUUGUAGCAUUUACCCACGUUAUGCAUUUAGCUGCUCAAGCUGGCGUCAGGUAUGCUAUGGAAAAUCCUGGCUCUUAUGUGCAUAGCAAUAUUGCCGGUUUUGUUAAUUUACUUGAAGUUUGCAAGUCUGCUAAUCCACAGCCUGCAAUCGUGUGGGCUUCUUCCAGUUCCGUUUACGGUCUUAAUACCAAAGUCCCAUUUUCUGAGAGAGAUAGAACAGAUCAACCUGCUAGUUUAUAUGCUGCUACUAAGAAAGCUGGUGAAGAAAUCGCACAUACUUAUAAUCAUAUAUACGGUCUCUCUUUAACCGGUUUGAGGUUUUUCACCGUUUAUGGCCCCUGGGGAAGACCAGAUAUGGCUUAUUUCUUUUUCACUAGGGAUAUAUUGAAAGGCAAGUCAAUAUCAAUAUUCGAGGCAGCUAAUCAUGGCACGGUGGCCAGGGAUUUUACCUACAUAGAUGAUAUAGUGAAAGGGUGUUUAGCAGCACUGGAUACCGCCGAGAAGAGUACUGGCAGCGGAGGGAAGAAGAAGGGACCGGCUCAAUUGAGGGUAUUCAAUUUGGGGAACACAUCACCAGUUCCAGUUUCAGAUCUGGUGAGCAUAUUAGAGAGGCUUUUGAAGGUGAAUGCAAAGAGGAAUAUAAUGAAGUUGCCUCGGAAUGGGGAUGUUCAGUUCACACAUGCCAAUAUCAGCUUGGCACAAAGGGAGCUUGGGUAUAAGCCCUCAACAGAUUUGCAGACAGGUUUGAAGAAAUUUGUGAGGUGGUAUCUGAGUUACUAUUCUGGUGGGAAGAAAGCAGCUGGAUAAAUCAUUCUUGUGAAUGUUGUGCCAUAUAGGGAGGGAUAUCAUGUCCUACUUUGAAGAAGUUUUGAGAUCAGUGGACAUUGUUUGCUGGGCAGGCACACGCUGUAUCAAAAGAAAACCGGAACAAUUUUUCUUUUCCUUUUUUGUAAUUGCUGGUAUUUUUGGCAUUGUAUUAGAAUUCAUGACUGAUAGAGCAUAUGGUGAUUGGUGGACAUGUAUCAUUUGCUAUGCAAUUCCAAUAAAAUAGUACACGAUAAUAUGUUUUUCCA